GAGAGAGAGCGGGAGAGCGCUCGGUGGGGGCCGGGAGCGGAGCGGGGCCGCCCUCCGCGCCCGCGUUCCCCCCUCAGCUCGGUGCCCGCGGCGGGGCGCGGCGGGGCGGGCGUGGCGGCGGAGCGGGGCCCGCAGCAGCGAGGUCUCCGCUCCCUCCCUCCCCCGGCGGCUGCGGGCCGGGCAGUGAGGCCGGAGCACCCCGCGGCCGGGGCGGGGUGGAAAUUUACCGGGUCGGUCCUCAGCGAGGGGCUCGGCAGGAGGCGGAGGGAGGGCGGGGAGCGGCGGAGCAUCAUCUGGCGGGGAACGCGAGGGACCAAAUGCCUGUGAGCAAGGGCGGCAGCCGCCACCGCCGCCGAGAGAGCAGCGAGCCGCGGCGCGGCGGCAGCGGCAGCCCCGCUCCCCCGGCGGCGAUGGCGGCGGGCGGCGGCGGGGCUGAGCGGAGCUGAGCCGGGCCGAGCCGAGCCGGGCCGGGCCGGGCCCCCCGCCCGCGGCUCCGCAUGGCGCGGGCCUGAUGUGGGAGCGCGGCCCGGAGCCGCGGCGGCGCUGCGGGAGCAGGAGGAGGAUGGCGGGGCUGCCGUGGAAGUGGCCGCGCACCCGCCUGCCUGUGGGCGCCAGCGCCCUGGGCGUCUUCGUCCUCUGCUGGCUCUACGUGUUCCCCGUGUACCGGCUGCCCGACGAGAAGGAGAUCGUGCAGGGGGUGCUGCUGCAGCAGGGCAAGGCGUGGAGGAGGAACCAGACUGCGGUCUCCCUGUUCAGGAAGCUGCUGGAAGAAUGCUGUGACCCUGGGCAGCUCUUUGCUAUGACAAAGAUGAAUUCCCCCAUGGGAAAGAACCUCUGGUUUGAUGGGGAAUUUUUAUAUUCUGUCACAAUUGACAAUGCAACUUACUCUCUCUUCCCACAGGCUACUCCCUUCCAGCUGCCACUGAAGAAAUGUUCCGUGGUGGGAAACGGUGGGAUCCUGAAAAAGAGUGGCUGCGGCAAACAAAUAGAUCAAGCAGAUUUUGUCAUGCGGUGCAACCUUCCUCCUCUGUCCAGUGAAUACAGCAAGGACGUUGGAUCCAAAACCCAACUGGUGACUGCAAACCCCAGUAUCAUUCAAAAAAGGUUCCAGAAUCUGCUGUGGUCCCGAAAAGCCUUUGUGGACAGCGUGAAGGUCUACAACCACAGCUACAUCUACAUGCCAGCCUUCUCCAUGAAAACGGGGACAGGACCCUCCCUGCGUGUCUACUACACCCUGGAGGAUUUCGGUGCCAAGCAGGCUGUCCUGUUUGCCAACCCCAACUUCCUGCGGGACAUCGGCAAGUUCUGGAAGAGCAAAGGGAUUCACGCCAAACGCCUUUCCACGGGGCUCUUCCUGGUCAGCGCUGCCCUGGGGCUCUGUGAGGAGGUGACAAUCUACGGCUUCUGGCCCUUCUCAGUGGACCUGCACGGGAAGUUUAUCAGCCAUCAUUACUAUGACAAUGUCCUGCCUGACUCCGGGUUCCACGCCAUGCCCGAGGAGUUCCUGCAGCUCUGGUUCCUUCAUAAAAGCGGUGUGCUGAGAAUGCAGCUAGAACCUUGUGAGGACCCUCUAACCCAGUCCUCAGCCUGAGGAUCAAGGAGUCACUUUGGGAGAUCAAUAGUUUUUAAUUGCCGUGCUCUCCAACAGAGAGUUCUGGUUUAUGUUGGUUGUUUUUAAAGGGAUCUGCAUGGACCGUAAAAAUGCUACGUGAAGGCCAAAUGGAAUAUGUCCUUAUUGUUUAGUGCGUUAUGGAACUGGGAGGGGAUGAAAUGUGUCUCUCCAUCAAGUCCAUUCAGCAGUGGUGGGAAAAAAAUGUCAGAAGCAGCACAGCGGAACUUUCCAGGGAUGUCUUUAAGUGACAAGUGUAAAAAGGGCAUUAAGGCUCAGAGAGUCAUCGGGCCACUCAUAAGCUUUUGCUGACAGUGCCAAAUAUGACUAUCUCUUCCAAAUUCCAUUUCAUUCCAGAUCAGCACUCUGUGGAACUUUCCUUUUCCUGUGCUUUUCCCCUCUAUUUGGGGGUGUGUGUGUGUAGAGCAGCAUGUGUGUGUCAUUGACUCCUUGUUUCUUUUUCUUUUAUUCCUGAUGUGUCGCCCCCUCCCCUGAGGAAGGAAAAGUAAGGGCUUAAAAGCCCAAGGAGCUGAGCAUCAUCAGCUCCUCUGAAGACUCUUGUGAGAGUGAAGGUGCUAAGAAUCUGGUUAGAAUGUCAUAGGAAUGCCUUGCUGCUGGGGAUGGAUAGACCUAUGUGUUGUAGGUAUUAUCAGGAUGGUUCAGGUUGCUGCACUUAGAGCUGUGCCAGUGCUGUACUGUGGGCAAGAGCUGGUUAAGGCAAAUUUCUGAGAAGAAAGCAUGUUACAAAACCAGCAGUGAAGUGCAGCCUGGUUUCAGUGACCCGCUGCAAGAUUUCCGCAGUGACUUUCAUAGCAGGGAUGGUUCCUGACCUGUUUUUCUGUCCAGCCUUAGGGAUUAAUUCUGUAUUCAUUUGGACUCCAGAUGUUCAUGGACUGUUGAGGGUAUUUGAGGGGUUCAGUGGAAUGUAGAAUGAGGUUCUUCAUGUGCUUAUAGCAGGAAAAUUGCAGAAAUGAAUGUAAGUGUCAUUUAAAAUGAGUCGAAGCUUUGAAAAUCGUUUUUCUGUGUGUGACUUGCUCUUCUGCUUGGAUUGUAACGUUAGCCUUAAAGACUUGUACUUCUCACACGAGAUCGUCUCUGCUUAAAGAGAGUCUGGGAAAUAAAACAGCCUUUGGGAGCACCGAAAAGCUGCACAGCCAGCAAGAAAAAGGAAAAAAGAGAAGGGCAUGCCUGAUGCAAGGCAGCCCUGCUCGCAGCAGUGAAUCCUGUCAGUGUGCACAGUGCCUGAAGGACUGUUUUAUUUUGGGUUAUUACUUGGGCAGCAGAUGGUCCUCUCACUGUGGAAAUGAGAAAUUGUUUUGUUUGUUUGCUUUGGUUUAGCACUGGAGGAAAAGAGGAGAAUCCCAGCUCUGUCUGCAGUGCAGUUUAAGCUGCAAGAUGUUGCCACCAUUAACUUGAAAAAUCCAGAUCAAUCUUCUCUUUCUUAUUAUCUUAUUACUGAAAAUCUAGUCAAGGUGUUGGAACAACAAAACUGUCAUCAACUUUCCACCACAACUUCCUGUGCUGUUCUAGCUCCAAAGUUCUAGUAUUUUGGGGGAUUUGUCUUCUCAAGUGUUGGUAAGGUCUCUCCUUAUAGACUACCAGCUGCAAGUUCUAUAGAUAUAAAUAAUUUUUUAAAACAUGAAAUCCAUGACUCUUCUUUAAAUAUGAAUAGUUCAACACUCUGUGUAAGAAACUGGGGAAAAAUAGUAAUGUUUUUCUUUUUAAACCUAUGUUUCAUAAUAAAAAUUUUCCUUUGGAAUAUGGAUAUUCCAAGCAUAAAGUGGGCACUGUUUUGUAGGAUGACAGGGCAAUGCUAAAGGGUAAUGUGGAGAUUUUGGAGUGUUCUAGCUAUUGUUCUGAUAGAAUCUGAAUGUACCUCACAGCCCAUGUUACCUUUGUCCAUGUUUUCAUUAAAAGUACAGUCAGCACACUGAUAGAACAUCACCUGAUAAUUCAUUCUGUUUCAUUAGUGCAUUAUCUAUGAUGUGGGGACUCGGUGAGGAAGGAUUUGAAAGUAAAAUAUUUUCCUUUCUACUUGUUAUGGCAGAAUUUGACUGAGCUGCCUUUCUUGGAGACAAGGAGGUGCCUGUAUGGUUUUUAUUGGGUGCAUCAAGCUUGUGCUUUUGAGUGCUUUAUAGAUGACGUUGUCUGUGAAACAACAGUUGGAACGCGGUGUGCUAGAGAUGGCACGUCAGCAGGAUGAAAGCAUUUCCCUGAGAGUGGGAGGGAACGAGGAGAGUACGGGGGAACUGCCUCUUUGCUGGUCAUCUUCUGGUGUUUUUACCAGUGCUUAGGAAUUCACUUCUGAACCGCUCUUACAGCUCUCCAACCCCUUGGCAAUUGUUUGUUCUGUGUGUUGGGAAAAUAACUGGAUUAGAAGAACUAGUGUUUGUGUAGGAAAAUUCUGUCCAGUGUUUCCUAAUGUCUGGCUUGUUCAUGUUCAGCCGGUGCCCUGGAUAUCUGGAGGUGUUGUGUUCCCCACCUCUGUAGGACUGAACCUGAGGCCUUUGUGAGCCCCUUCUGGUGUCUGCAGUCCUGAUGUUUGCUAGGAGAUAGCUUCCAAGGAACUAUGGGGGCAGGAGGCACCCCGGCUGUGUGUGAUGCGCGGCUGAUAAUGGAGAAAUCCAUAGCGCUGGCUCUGUUCACAUCUACGUACAGUGAGUGUAACUGGCGUGCACAGUACAAAGGCAGCCACAUUUGAUGAGGAAGUGAUGGCUUCAAGGGUAAACAAUUUUCUCUAACUUCCAGAAUACUGACUGCUGAGAAGAGGAGAGAAACAAAAAUAAAUGCAACUUUUGAGAGGCAAAAAUCUGGUUUUGCUGACUUAUCAGUCCAUGGAAACAUUGGCCAGCAAUCAGCCUUUUGCUCAGCAGGUGAAAAGGGAUGCAGGAGAGCACUGCAAGUCUUCUGUGGCAAGAGCAGUCAAAAAGGCAAAACCAAGUAGCUGGGAACGUAAGAGUGGCUGUUACCUGAGAAAAUGUUGGAGUGAAGGCUCUGCAUCCAUGUGCAGUGUGGAGCUUGCCUUGGGGAUGUCUCUGUUAUUAAUUUUAUCAUAGAGCUGACAAGGGACAGAAGUGCUGGAAUAUUGCUCUGCCUGCAGAGCAAUCGUUGUCCAUGUUUGUAAGGUGAAUAAAUUAAAUACCUUUUCAAGAAAAGUAUGCACUGAAAUCCCUCUUGAUACAGUCCUUUCGGGGCUGUAUAUGUUCCUGAGGAAAUCAAGACCCAUUUUUGAACUUGUGACAAAGCUAUGUGAAACUUUCCCUCCUUGUUGAUUAGGAAGCCUUUUGGAGCUCUUUCUAGAUCAGACAAGCAAAACAGAGACCAGCAAAGCAAAAUCCUAGAGAAGGGAGUGGGAGGCAUGCUCAUAAGAAUAAAAACAUCUCUAAUUUUGGCACAGAACUUUGUUACAGUGCGAAGAACUCUUGCUCACGAUUAUUGUGUUUUUAUAUUAUAGCUGGAAUGAAGAUAACAAGUUUGGUGUGAGGCAGCUUCUAAAGUCAAAGGUCUAAGCCUCUGUUACAGCUGAAUUUUUCCAGAAUAUGGAAAUAUUGGCUGGAUUUUUGACUUGAGUACUUUCAUCUUUUUGUUAUUUUCCUCAAAAAUCUUGUUUUCUAGGCCGCUGAGUUAGCAAUCUGUGAGAGCUGAAACUAAGCAAAGUAUCUGCUUUUUGAAACUUAGUAUCCUGAAAUGUGUUAGUUACAGAAAACCACUCCUGGAACCAGCUUCAUGAAUACUAACCUAGUAUCAAGCUCACCCUUGCCUGCAAUUAAGGCGUAAGGGAACUUUUUAUCUAGAAGUGAGGAAAAUGAAGGAGGUGACAGCAAUCUCACCAUUUGCUGUCUCUCUGACUCUUCUUCAGCUUAAUAGAUUGGUAAGUUUUGGAAGAAGUCCAGGUUAUAGGAAGAACAAGCUGUUUUUUUCUGCUACUCCCAUCAAAACACAGAUAUAAAAUGGACUAACCAGCUGCUGUCUUGAAUCAGGGCCUCCUCCUUCAAAAGCUCACUGGGUGGAGUUUCCAUUAGCUGAUUCUUCCAGGUAAGCAGAAUUCAUCAGGCUUUGUCCAGAAAUGCCUGUUCCCUGUCUACAUGAUUGUUUGAGGGGUAUUCUGGGUACUGUAGCCGUCCAAGUGUGCAGUGACCUCCUCUUAAUGUGGACUUCUAUUUCUGCCCCAAGCCAUCAUCCUAAAGGAUCUCUCUUCCCUGUCCUUCCAGAUGACCAUUCCUUUUGGAGAUAGAAGUGUGAUUUUAAAAAUCCUGCCAUAGGGCGGCUAAUAUGUUUUGUGGUUUGAACAAGUGUUUCUUUUAAACUGUUGACAUAUCCACCAAGAGCUCAAAAUAGCUCCAAAUAAAAAAUACAUCUUCAGCCAGGUGUUGGUAAUUCCCUCUCUGGAGAAGAGAAAGAGGAUAGAAGGAUGUGUUUUUCAAGGCAAUUGGUGUAAAAUAAUACCUGUUGCCUUGAAUUUCCAUAUUUUAUCUCUUGGAAUCUAUCAUGUGUUUGACUUUUUUGCAGUUUCUGAACAGAACAAUUAGUAAAAAACUUAGAGUUCUUUUUGUUAAAUAUUAACAAAUUUGUUUCCAUAAGUGGAAUGCAAAGAGCCAACAAGAGGCUUAACCUGUCUUCCCUGGCUAAUAUUUUUUGGCAGCAGUGAGAACUUAAACAGCUACUCAUUCCUCUCUGAUUAUUCAUUUUCAUCAGUUUUUAUUGCAGCAGGCUGAGCCCUGGUGUAUUCAGCCUCUUCAGCCUAAUGCAUGCAUGUGCUUUAGAAUGAAUUUCGCUCUGCUUUUCAGCUGUUACAGUGAGGGGAAGAAAUGUGUUGCUAAUUGAAAAUGCUUGGUUUGGUGCAGCCAGGAGAGAGGCGCUGCCAGAUUCAGGCUCCUCCUGGCCGUUCUGAGUUCUCUGCAGGACUGUGAAAACACUCCAGCUGUGGCUGAGGCCCAGCUGUGCAGGACAGAGCAGGGGCUGGAGCUCUUCCCACGCUGGAGAAGGCUGGUUGUUCCUCGUAGCCGCCUCUGCGGCAGUGCCCAGCAAUGCCCCCCUGCCUGGGCUCAGCGCCAGGGCAUGCAGCUCCAUGACCAGCUCAUGCCCCCAGGCAAUUACCCAUGGCAUGGUAGGCCCUGUCCUGCUUCACAGUCAGGAGCGCUGGGCUUGCUGGGAGUGGUGGUAGCUCAUCCCUUUGGAGACCAGCCUGCUCCUAGCAGCGCUUGAGAUCCCUGGCAAGUCUCAGGAAGGCCCAUUAAAGCUGCAUCUUUAAUUAUUGACUGUGUAUCCCUCUGCUGUGGGGGUCAGCUUUCUGCUGAGCUGAGUAUUUAUCCUGUCUGGGGCCCUCUAAAGCAAGGGAAUCUUUAGCACUCUGACUAUGUGGAAAUUCCUGUGUUGCAGCCUUCAUCUUCCAAGUUAAACCCUUCUUUUCCCCUUUUAUCCUGGAUUUAACUCCUGAGAGUGACUCCAGAGUGAGUUCAAGAAAGCAGCGCCACUAGAACUUGUUCUCGGUUUAUAGAAAAGAUGGUUUUCAAUAAAACACUGGAGUACCUUUUGGACAGUUCCUUCUGAUUUCUAAUUGCAUAUUCAAUUAAUUGUUUCAGUCAGAUGGGACCCAUAGCAGAGACGAGUUGCAUCAUUUUCUGUUAAUUGGAAGGAAACAAUUACAGAACUUUAUUACAUUUAAAGCUGAAUUCUUAUCAACAGCUUAAGGAAUCUUCCUUCUGCAGGAAGCUUUGUUAUAGGGUGAUUAUCUUGAUAAUAAAUGAAAAUUCUUCACUGAAAAUAAAUGCAUAAUCUGGAGUACUGAGACACCGAUUUGAGUGUCUACUCAGAUGUCUCCAAAGAUUUUGCUGUUCUGCAAAAGUGCCAUCAUCACAACUUAUUUUUUUCUUUUGUGCAUGUGUUCUUAUAGGAAAUGUUUGAAAUUUUUUUUAUAAGCCCUCCAUGUGCUGAAAAUAAACACCACUUCAUCAGGAACACAAGUUUCUUUUCAGGUACCCAUCGUAUGCAGAGUAAAACUGCCAGGAGAUGUCCAGUUUUCAGGAAAAUGCUGCUUUGGAGUAGUUUGGCAGGACUCCUUGGAGCACGUGAGUUGACUGCUGCCUCUUGAGCUGUAGAGUUUGGACAGAUGAUACAGAGUGUGCUGCACUGACAGAAAAAAAAACAAAAAGAAAAGGUAUUUUAGCCGCAGCUCUGCCUGCUUGAUGUCUCCCACUGUGGAGAGGGCCCUUCAAGGACUCUGAUCCUACACAUCAGUCAUGUGUUGACUGGUUUUAAAGGCUUGGGCUUGGUACUGAAAGCUACAAGGAGCAUGGAAAUGCCUGGGAAUUAUGUCCUUUAGUGUAUUAUCGUUUGGUCACUGCAGGGUUUGGCCUGUUACAAAACAUAGACAUAAAAAUCAUUUUAUCUGAGUAUCCAGAGGCCAUCUUACCCGAGUGUGAGACUUGCAUGUAGGAGGAGGUCACUGGAAGGUGACUGCCUUAUGCUGCAGAGUGCAGAAACCACUGUGGUUUUAUUUCUGUCAAUAAUGAAAUCCCCACUGAGGUAAUAUUGGAUUAGGUCAGCUUUCAGUGCUCUUGAAACUCCCACUCCAUAAGCAUUUCCAGUAAUUGUUCCAUGCAAAGGCAGAAACAGGAGAUUUUCUUUUUCUUGUUCACACGUCACCUUGCAUCGAAAAUGGAAGAAAAAGUCAGUCAGAGCUCUUCCCCUUUCAAAGGGCUCUGAGGACUCCCUUAAUAAUAGAUAAGCACACAGUUAAAUAAAUAUAAAUAAAAUAGCCUGAAGUUCAUAGCUCAAAUGCUGGUCAGUAUCUUGAAUAAUUAUUUUCAAAUCAUUUAGAGGAAAAAAUUGCAAAUAUUUUACAUGUGAAAAAUAUUCCCCUCCCCCUCUUUUUUUUCUCCUAAAAUGUACUAAUAACUAAAGAAACCAUGUUAAAAGAUAUGGGAAUUUUCCCUGGUUUCCAACUUAUUCUGCACUUCAAGCUUUGUAUUAAAGUCCAUACUUCUGUAAAGCUUCCAAUUCUAGAUUGUCCCAUAUGGUGUCCAUAGACUAAAAAAAAAAUCAUUUAAAAACCUGGAAAAACCAAAGAAAAGACAAAAAAAAUUGUACUCCAAAUGUAGGAAAAAAAAAAAAAAAGCAAGCUCAGGACAGAUUCAGCUCUCCUGAAACCUCUGUAUAUGUGCUGCCAUUUAGUAGUGGUGGCCAAAGAAGUAGGCAAAGAUGAGAAAGGAGAUGAAUGCACAAAGGACACAGUAUUUCUGGUUAAGAUAAAGGGAUGGAAGCACAGGUUUGAAUGCUUGGAACCCAGAGUUGUUAAUUGAUGUUAGGUCUUUAUUCUUUUGCUUUUCUCUCUCAGUUCUCAUUGUACUGGGGUGAAACUUGCCCUGUUCACAAGUUGCUUAAAAUUUUCUCUGCACUACACUGAAGUUUCCUCUGGCCCUAAACCCAAAAAAUUACCAGAGAAGCAAAAACCACUUCAGGUUUAUCAGUAUUUGUAUGCAGCAUUUUACAUCUUCCCAGUACUAAUUACUCUAUUAACUCAUAAUUAAAUGAAGUAGUGGAAACUACUGCUUAUCCCAGAGUUUUGAAGUCUUUCUUCCUGUGGUGAUUUCUCUGUUAGGUGAAUGGGCAUUGCUUUUAGCUCAGGUGUUGUGAGAAUUAAUUAACUCAUGCUUGGCAAUUAAAGUGAAGAAAACACAGAAAUUUUAUUGAGCUUAUCCGUUUUGAACAAUGAAAACAAGCAAAUGAACUUCCCUUUUUAUCUGAGUGAAUUUAUGCUUUUGUGUUAAAAUCCUCUGCCAUUGUUAGGAAGUACAAUAGGAACAUUAUGUUUAGGGAACACCUGGAUUGCAGGAAGCUGUGCAUUUAUAAAGAGAAAAUAAGGUUUUCUCCUCUCAGCCACACCCUUCAAUUUAUAAACCAGAUUCUCUGCUCUCUUUCACUGUUCUGACUCAAUCAAAUCAAUAGAAUUGCCUGGAUUUUAACUAGUUGACUGGUCUCAAACCUGAGGGCAUUCAUCCUUUGAAAAUUUGAAAUUAUUUUAAAGCACUGUCAGAUUAUGAUACUUAGUCCAAUAUCAUAAUUCUGUAAUCUACCAAUUCUUUUUUCCCCACAAGUAUAGGCCUUGAGCAGUUUUUGCUGUUCGUUGGUUGCUUUUGUAAGGCAAAUAUCUCACUGCAUUUCAAACUUCUGCCACAUAAAGGCAUCUCAGGUUGAAAUCCAGUCAUGAUCUAUGUCAGGUCCUUGUCUCAUGGAAGUGAUCCAUGAGCUGCUCCAUUUGUCAAGUGCAUUGGAUGAGCCAAGUGAAAAUGAAAAAAGGAUUUUUCUACACUGGCAAGCUUCACCAUUCAUUGGCUGUAACUGGGAAUUGGAUUUCCUCAAUUUAUUAUUCUUGAUGGAUCUGAUGUCUGCAAGGGUUUCCACUCAUCAAAUAAUUUUGUUAGAUUUUAUUUGAUGGAAUGGAAUGAUCUUUUCCCCCUGCUUUUCUACUGCAAUUCUUCUUUUCUGAUAGUGUUUGCAAAGAAGAAAUGCUUCUUUCUUCUCUCUUGUUUUUUAAAAUGACAAUUUAUAUCUAAGGCAUUAUUCUAAUCUCAAAUGCUGGUUUUCUUAAAAAAGUUGGUCUCACGCUUUUUUUCUGUAUUGGGCACAAUAUUUUCUUCUUGUAACAGUACUUAUGUUUUCAAUGAUGAAAUCUCAACAAAUUAUCUUCCUCUUUAAAAACUGAAAGAUUGUCUGGCUUUCAUAAACCCCAGUUUAUGAAACUGUCAAGUGUCUUUGGGUUUUAUCCUAAAUUGAACAUAGUUACAUUUUGAAUCUUUGGUAUAUCUUAGUACACUCAUACUCAGGUGUCAAUAAAAUAGAAAUUUAUUUCCAAAAUAGGUUUCAACUUCAGUUAAAAACAAGGAGUUUUCCCCUUAAUAAGGGCCUGUAACUGCCAUGAUGAUACUGAUGCCUUAAAGAACCUAGAAAGAAAACAACACACUUUGGAGAUAAUGUUAGUACAGGUAUUAUAAAGGCUGGUCUUUAUUGGAGGCCUCCAGGGGCGGACAUGGAAAAUGUCCACAAAAUGCCCACACCCCUGCCACGGGCUGAAUGCAGUUUUCUAAGUUUAGCAAAUAGCAUAAUUGACAAAAGUCACCAAUUAGAGACAUAAGUGGCGAAGCAGUUUCUCCCAGUUGAACCCUCUCUGAAUCCUGCCCCCUUCCCCUUAGAUGGGAACUAAACUUUGUUUAUAAAAAUUAAUCUCCAGGAGCUGGUCUCCGCCUUGGUUCCUAGGGAGAACCAAGAUAGGAUAGAGGCAUUGGAAUGUGUUUUGUCUUUCUGCCCAUCAGGGAAAUGUACUGGGGAAACUAGAAUACAGUAAUAGGCUGCAGAACUACAAAUAGAUGUGUAAAGAAUGCUGAGAAUGUAUAUAAAAGGAAAGAGGUAAAAAUCAAUUUGGCAUCAUUCCCCCCUGUUUUUAGAGGCUAACAAGACUCUAUUUUGUCUAGUCUGUACUCCAUAUUUAACCAGACCCGUGUAUCAGGCAGCCAGCUAUUAUUUAAAGAAUAACUACAGAUAUAAGUGGUAUGAACAGUUCCUUUUAUCCAGGCCCAGUUCCAUAACCAUGAGGCCAGAAUGUCAAAGAUAUAUUCAAAGUUCAGUGGGCCUUCUGAAAGCUACCUGAUGUAGAAUUUGAGUUUGCUUUCAAAUUUGAACCAAAUCCUUAAUAAUUCUUCCACUCUGAUCUACAUAAGAACAACAACCAAUGUUAAUGAUUUUGCAGCUAGUAGGAAAUUUAGAGUCAUUGUUUUGUAAAACUAUACCAGACAAAUCAUGGACUUCUUCUUGUGGGGCCGAAAUUACAUCUGAAAUUUGCUAUUCAAUGUGUUCAAUAAUCCUUACUGUGAUCAAAUAUUAUGUUUGGAAUUACAGCCCCAUGGGCACAGGCCCAAUCUUUAUCAAGGGGCAAAACUUACCAGACCGAAUUUUCACAUAUGCAACAUCACCCUGCCAAGUUGUUCUUAUGAAGAGCUUUUGGAUACAUUUUGGACUAAAGCUGCAUGCAAAUUUUGGGACCAAAUCUGCACCAUGCUUACCAGCUGUGUAUACAAUCUGCACAGAAGAACCAUUUAAAUAACAUAGUCCUGAUUUCUAUCAGUCUCUGUUUUCCAGUUGCUUCAGGGGAGAGGUCUUUGGAGCAGUGAAUUCAGGGUUCCCUGCCAGCAACCCUGGCUUGAGUGAGAGCAGUCAGGACUUUGAAUGGUCCUCUCCACUUAGCUUGGAGGGUAACUGUCCCACCCCUUCACACAGACCCAGUCUCCAGACUGGGGCAGGGCAAAUGUGUCCAGUCCUGUUGGGCUGGGUAACAGUGGAACUUAAAGCUAACCCUAACCCCAAGUAAUAAAAACAUUCGGCACCAAUACAAGCAUUUUUUGUUUUAAUUUUAUGUCUCAUGGAAGUUAUAAGGACUUCUAAACUUUUUUGGUUUUAUGCAUGUCAGACACCUGGCUUUAACCUGUGUUAAUGCUGUUUCCAUCUGGCUCUUUCUGAAAGCUCCAGAGAAAAGCAAGCAAACAAAGACACCGAGGAAAUGGAAGGUGCCUUGCUGUGAUGUUUUUCUAGAGCAGCACAUUGCUCUGAUAAUGAACUGUGAAAUGUAGCAUGUGGAUGAUGAUGAAUGUAAAAACUUGCAUGUCUUGUUAUGUGAAUGUUGUCUCCCUGAGAUGGAUUAUUAGUAUGGGCUCCGUGGUGUAAAAAUACUGAAAAGAGAAGGGAAGUGGAAAGAAGGUACUUCUAGGGGGUUUUGCAGUGGACCACAUCCCCUUUUGACUGCUUUUCCUUCUCAGAUUUGGUAACAUGGCCCUUACCAUUAGGAUAGUAAUAAAACAAACUGCUCUUUUCCUAAAGUUAAAUCUGCUUCUUUCCAGCACAUCUGAGUUGUUCCCAGGCGCGGUUCACGGGGCUGCCCUGGCUGGGAGAUCAGUCAGGCUCAGUGGUGAUGCCACGUGUUCCCUCAGCUCACAUCCUGCAUCUGUGCCUGUGCCAGCAGAUAACUCACUGUGGUUUGUUACAUUUUGUGCUUGUGGCUAGAAGCUGCAGUGCAAACUAACUCUGAGAAUUCCCUUCCAUUUCUUGUAGGCACAGCCACUUGAAAGGAACUCGGGGAACUUGGGCAAGUUUUGUGCUCGACCAGAACAGAAAUGGGCCAGGCAAAGGUUUUUCAAAAUUGUUAAUUUUGCAUUUACCUCACGGAGGUAUUUAGGAGAAGUCAGUGAUUUCACAGGGCACCAAUAUGUCUUGGAGUUGCAGACAUCCUGAAUAUGGGCCCUGCCAGGGGACCAGGGAAUAUCACUGGGUUAUCCCAAGUCCCUGGUGUUUGACCUUGGGAACAGACUAUGUUAUCUGAAGGCAAGCAGCCCAGGAAGCACUGCGUGGAAGCUUCUGUUGGCUUCUCCCUGUAGCUGCAAGGUGCUGGCUGUCACCCUCCCUGAGCUACCAUCUGCACAUCUCGGGCCUCCUGCUCUGGAGCUGCCUCUGGCUGUGAGAUGGGGCAGGGGCAGUGCUCAGGGAAGUGGUGCUUGGAUCCGUGGUGCCACCAAAACUUCAACGGGUGUUGGCAAGGAGCUCAGUGUUGGGAUAAAACAAGCUGGUUUGGGAUCAGUCUGUGGUUUUCAGGACUGCUGGCAUGCAAAGCCCUGGCAGGACAGACACAAGGCUUCUCCUGGCUCUUUAGGGACGGGGCACAGUUGCCAUUUUUGCUCUCUGACACAAUAUUCUCAAAGGAGCCGUGUGAUGUGGGAUGUCAGUGUUAGCUGUUAAAUUCUAGUACUUUUUGCAUUCCUUCUUCUCUUGCCCAGUUUAUUGAAAAAAUGUGAUGGUAAGUGGUAGUUUGAUGUCUUGAGGUGAUUUUGAAGUAGAUAAGCAAACCAUUAUGCCCCUGAGAUUGCAUAACUCCAUGGAUUUGUUAUACCUCCAGUGCCCAGUGCGUAAUAUUUAUUGCCUCAUUUCUGAUGUGUGUAAGCUUUACAGGCUGGAUAUCGUGUCCAGAUGAUAGGAGCACUUGGGUGAACAUCUCAGAUCAUUGGUUUUUUGGCGUGCUCAGGGGCAAAGGUACUUGUGUGGAGUGUAUUAAACUUCCCAAAGUGUGGUAUUGUUCUGAGUCUUGUGAUUAGGGCUUCGAUCUAAUUCACUCUCCAAUGUAGCAAAUGUUUGCUGUCAGCCAACACUAUUCAAGAACUAAGGGAAUCUCUUUCUUUGCCCUGCAAUAAUGUAUUUUCUAUGAUUAUGUCAGUAGAAUUUGUUCAUUUUUCAAGUACUGUGCAGUGCUUCUUUGAAGAAUGUCCCUUUUUCAGGUGGUUUCAUGGUGACUGUGCCCCAAAAUGUCUAGAUGUCUCUUAAUAGCAAAAAUUGCUUUGUUAUUGAAUGUAUUAUUUAUUAACAGUAUCUUGUCUUUUUCUAGUUGCAUUUUACAAAAUGUGCCACAAGCAUCUUCUGUGAUUUUUUUAUAAGGAAAGUCUUAUUUAUAAUGUUUGUGCAAGUGAUGGAAACAAAUAACGAUUUUAUAGUAGCCCAUGCCUUUUUUCAUAGCUGCAGAGUCUUAAUGAGCAUGAUCAGAAGGGACAGGCUCAUUGUUUCAUUUAAUCUUAAUGAAGUUUUUCAGAGUUAACUAUUAUGUUAUUCAUUAUUUAAAAUUCAUUAUCUUAACAAAUAAAUAUCACCAUUUUAAGAAAUGAAAA